AGUUUUGCUAUUGUUUCUCUGUAAAAAUAUUUUGCUUUUUGCUGUAAAUUACUUAGAUCGUGUAAAGUAGAUGGUUUAAAAUUAUAAAGAUAUGAUAUUUUCAAUUAAUUAAAACAGGGUUACAACAGUUUUAAUUUAAUGUUUAGAAGAACCGGUAAAAUAAAAAGAUCAAUUGUUGGGAUGUCAAGUAUUUGUGGAUUGUUCAAUAAAUAAAUUUCGUAUUUUGUUAUUUCUGGCUUAAAUCGGAACAAUGGCAAACUCCGUUAACAUAUCAAUCGAAGCACCAAUUGAGAAUCAAAUCCAAGAAAUAACAUACGAUGGCCAAGAAAUAUACCAAGCGCCUCUGUCUAUGUCAGAGAAUUUGGCUAGACUCGCACAAAAGAUAGAUUUCUCAAAGAGUGAUGAUGAAUUCUGUAAUGUCAAGAAAGAAGGAGAGACAAGUUCAGAUCCUAAGCCAGAUGAAGACAACAAAGAUGCAGGUUAUCAAUCCAACCAGUGGCCCUGGGAGUCAGUGAGAAAUAAACUGAGAAAUGCACUCACAGAAGUUUGUGUGCUAGCUGAUGUUCUGAAUAUUGCUAAAGAAAAGAGAUACAUGGUAUUAGAUCCAGUACAACCGGAACAGGUAGAUAACCGACCCAUGGUCCAAGUGUAUGGACGCAAGAAAGCACUAGGAGCAGCAGCGGCGGUCUUGCUAGCUGGUGUCGAACGUCUCAGAGCAAGUGAAAAUAUGAGAAUAAACAGGAACAUGCCUGAUUUUCACAUUGAUUUAUUGAGGUUACGACAAAACUGGAGAUUGAAAAAAGUAUCUAACACAAUUGUUGGUGAUCUUAGUUAUAGGACUGCUGGCUCCAAGUUCAGCCAGACUGGUGUUUUUGAGGUAACAAAAGCUCCUGAAGAGCAGAUGAUGCAAGCGAUGAGCCUGAACGCGGCCGGACCAGCUCCCUCCGCCCUCCGCGUCACCGUCCCUCCUGAGCUUCAGGGAGUUGCUUUCAUAUCUGUCUUAUGUCAGAAAGAGCAAGAAGAUGUAGUGACAGCAACCCUGAGCUCAUCCGCAUUAAAUUGUCCUGGUACACUCCCCGGUGAUGGGGCGGAGCUCCAUUGGCAACAGAAGUUGGAAGCAGCCCAGAAUGUACUAUUCUGCAAGGAGCUGUUCGCUCGGUUAGCUGCUGAGGCUGUACAGUUAGAUGCUUCCAUUCCACAUAUGGUCGUCGGUAACCAGAUCAUGGCUACUGUACUUCCUGGUAUUCAAUUGCUAAUAGGGCUCUGCCAUAACAAUGGACAAAACAACACCAAUACAAAUCCGGAAGGUGUAAAGUCGGACGGGGCGGCGGGCAAGUCUGACCACGACCACGUGCUGGAGCACUCGCUGCACCAGCUGCUGCGCGCCGUCCACUACGCCAACACCCACCACCCCUUCCCGCACCCCGCCACCGGGCCCCUCGGGCCCUCCAAGCGGCGGUGUCUCGCCGGUCCAAUGGCGGCAGACCGUUACGAGCUUCUAGACAUGAGCAAAGAACAGUCACUACUGGAACAGAUCAUUCAACAAGCUCAACACUUUUUCAUGCGUCGACGCAGCGAAUAUGUACUCGACACGAUCGCUAAAGAGGUGAAGGAUCCCCUUAUUGUAUCACACUGGAACGCGUUAAACAGUCCCACACAAUCAUGUGUUAAAAUAAACAUAAUGGCAUACGGAUAUGACGCAGUUUGCCGUACGUCAUUGGUGGUGCACGUUGGUGAGAAAACACUGAAGUGCAUAUGCCGAGACGGCAAGGUGCGACAUCUAUCGUACGAACUGCAAGAACUAAGGGACCUUAUUUAUUGCCAGAUAUACCAGCAUCAGAUGACCGCGGUGCAGGCGGUGGGGCGGUGCAUGGGCUGGCAGCUGUUGGCCAGCAGUGCACAUCUCGGCUCAGGGCCCGUGGAACCGUUAGGCAACGCCUCCUCAUGUCUACUGGCAUCGCCCAAUGGUGACAGAAUGAUAGCGAUAAGAUGUGAACCAUCAGUUGGUAUUCAAGUAUUUAUAGCGCAAUCUCCAAGAAAAGACUUCUUUUCUAGUGAAUUAGUACAAGAUAAGAAAUGGGAGAAUCUCGGUGGAGCCUUCAAGGAAAUCAAACUGGAGAAAAUGGAAGGAAAGAACUUCCUCAACAAAAUGGAACUAUUGAUGGCGUGUUUAAGUAGCCCUUCAUAAAAGCAAUCAGAAUUAGUAUUUAUAUUAAAAAAUAAGAGUAAUGUGGAAUUUUUUUAAGUGAAAUCAAUAAAAUACAAUUGAAG